GCUAGUUGCUUUCAUAUUUUCAAACAAGUUGCACGCGUUCAGAUAGAUUUGAUUUUUAAUUCUUGUUUUGUUUAGAAAAAGUCAUAGAAUAUUUUUCAUUUGUGACACAGUGACUAGCUACAAAAAGAAACCGGAAAUUAAAGCAGUACUGGAAAUGGCCGUGCUGGAUGUUUUGAAUGCUAACAAUGCUACAUUUUGCAUAUUUAUAACGUGGAGUGGAAUUUUAUUAAUAAAAGUUAUGCUAAUGACUAUUGUAACAGUCUAUCAUAGAUUCAAAAAUAAUGCAUCGAUGAAUCCAGAAGAUGUAUUUUGGAAUAAAAACUUUGAAGUGAAAAUCAACGAUGAUGUUGAAAGAGUCAGGAGAGCACAUUUGAAUGACCUUGAAAAUGUAGUUCCAUUCAUAAUAAUUUGCUUUUUAUUCAUUCUCUCAGAGCCGAAUGAAAUUUUUGCAUCUUGGCUCAUACGAAUUGUAGGACUCUCAAGAAUUGCUCAUUCAAUUAUUUAUGUAUGCCAGGUACAACAACCAUUCCGAGCUAUUUGCUUCUACAUUACGUAUGUAAUAUCCUUGUAUAUGAUUCUAUCAUCGAUUGUGUAUUUCAUAAAGCUUUAACGAUAGUCAACUUUAA